AAGAGUGCGGAGCCUCGGGAAGUCAACAGGAGGGUACGGAUAGUAACAACGAGGAACGGACUCCCUUGGUCGGCACCAGCCUGAUCCUGCUCGAUCUAAUGAGUCGUGACUUUAAUGGUAGUCCAUGAGACGGAAUUUGCCCCAGGAGGGGGGAUUUUGUUUUACCUGGCCAACCAGCCUCAGACGCAGAGCUGAUGGAGAGAGGCAGGGCUGAGUGCGAUGCCAGUCCGGAGCGCUGUUGAGCCUCAUUCAGCGCAGAGCAGACUCUGCUGCUCACAGGGAGCGGUCUGCUUUCUCGCACGACCUGCGUGAAUUCUCAAUUUGUGUUUUUAGAAGUGAUUCGAGGGCUUUUUUCUCCGGAGGCAACAACCGUGGAAAAAAGAAAACCAUCCAGGAUUUGUAUGUUUCUUGGCGACGGAAUGGGGAUGUAACCGGUUUCCACAUGCAUUUGGAAGUGGCGUGAGAGGAGCACACUGCAGGGGCUCGUGGUUAAUUGAAAUCGAUCCGGUGGUCUCUUUUUGAAUGUGAAGCUGCACCAGAGCUUCUUUCUCCUCUCCUCCCUCCCUCCCUCCCUCCUCUCACCUCCAACAUGACUUCACUGUCAGGGACCAAGGAGAGGUCUGCGAGCAGCAGGAGCAGAAAAUAUGGGAUGCCUGACACUUCCCCAACCAAAUCUGACUCGUUUUUCCCGGACACAUGGUACCGAAAGCCCUACGAGGAAAACUCUCGCUCCGGCACACGCCCCGCCCCAGAGGGUGCCGGCUCCAUGCCGAGCUCCACAGGCACCCCGUCCCCAGGCUCAGCAAUCUCCUCACCAGGGUCUUUCUCCGGAUCACCAGGGACCAUCUCUCCGGGGAUUGGGACAGAAUCGCCUGGUUCUCUGGGUGGCUCCCCGGGUUUUGGGACAGGAUCACCAGCCUCAGGCAGUGGAAGUUCCCCUGGUAGUGAAAGAGGGAUUUGGUGUGAGAACUGCAACGCUAGGCUGACAGAGCUGAAAAGACAAGCAUUGAAACUGCUCAUCCCUGGACCUUACUCCAGCAAGGAUCCCUCCUUCUCUCUCCUCCUUCAUGAUAAGCUUCAGGUGCCCAACAGUUCUUGGCGGGCGUGGAACGAACGUGACAGUCGCUGUGACGUCUGCGCCACCCACCUCACGCAGCUCAAACAAGAAGCCGUGCGAAUGGUCCUCACUCUUGACCAGUGGGAUUUGUCUCCCCCCUCUUCGCCUCCGGCCCUCAUUGGACGAUAUGGAUCUCAAGGACUGGGUCCAACGGGAGCAUCUGGAGCACCAGGUGGUCCUGGUUCACGGGAGUGGAUUCCUGAUUUUCUUCCUUCCUCUUCUUCUUCAGCUGUUGCUGCCGCUUUACACUCGUCCUCCCAGUCACCUUCCCCAAGUCCCAGCCAGACCCCAACGCCCAGCCCGAGCCACGGACCAUCCAACCCCAGCCAUAGGAGUCCCUCCAUGGGACAAACGUCCAGCUGUGCUCCCACAAACCCACAACCUCAAGGCCCAGGGCACAGAUCGGGGUCCAAGCCCAGUUCCCUGGGGCUUGGAGGUGGGGUGGACAGAAGGAAUGGAUCCCCCAGUUCAGGAAAAGCUGUUGUCCAACUAGUGACGAGAGUAAACAGCCCUGGCAAUAACAGUGGUAACGGAAGUGGAGCAGUACUGAGUACAACAGCUCUGCAGGCCCAUCAGCACCUGAACCGAACUAAUGGAGGAGUUACACUCUAUCCGUACCAGAUCUCCCAGAUGAUCUCUGAGGACUCCAGAGAAGGUUUGACCGAGGCGGCCCUGAAUCGCUACAACACACACUCUCCUUCACACACCAAUUCAACAUCACACACAAACUCGCCGUCUCACACGCCAGCUGUAACCACGACCGCGCCGAUCACCACCACCUCUGCUGCCGCCUCCUUCUUUGCCAGAGCUGCACAAAAGUUGAACUUAGCAUCCAAGAAGAAGAAGAAGACCGCGGCAGUCAUGGCCCCAGUGACAUCAUCCUCACCGUCAUGUGAGCCCCCUCUGUUCCCCACCAACUUUAGCUCCGCCCUGUUGAUGGCCCCUCCCCCGGCUCCACCCUGCCUUCUCCGUGCAGCCAACAAAAUCAAAGAUACCCCUGGGCUUGGAAAGGUGAAAGUGAUGGUUCGUGUGUGCCCAGUGUCUCAGUCGGAUGCAGCUGAGUCCAGUUCCUUCCUUAAAGUGGAUCCCAGGAAGAAACAGAUCACCAUCAUGGACCCCUCAGCCAAUCAGACACCAAGCGCUGCCUCACAGAAAAAGGUGGGAGCCAAUCAGGUCCCUCCAAAGAUGUUCACCUUUGAUGCUGCUUUCCCUCCUGAUGCAUCACAGGCGGAGGUGUGCGCGGGAACGGUUGCAGAGGUGAUUCAGUCGGUGGUGAACGGAGCAGAUGGCUGUGUCUUCUGCUUUGGACACUCCAAACUUGGUAAAUCCUACACCAUGAUUGGCCGUGAUGACUCUCUCCAGACUCUGGGUAUAAUCCCCUGUGCCAUCUCCUGGUUGUUUAAGCUCAUCAAUGAGAGGAAGGAGAAAACAGGAGCACGCUUCUCUGUCCGUGUCUCUGCAGUCGAGGUUUGGGGAAAAGAGGAGAACCUUAAAGACUUGCUGUCUGAAGUCGCCACAGGCAGCUUACAGGAUGGACAGGAUGGACAGUCACCUGGAGUCUACCUUUUUGAGGACCCCAUCUGUGGCAUGCAGCUCCAGAACCAGUCUGAACUGCGUGCUCCGACCCCAGAGAAGGCAGCCUGGUUUCUGGAUGCAGCCAUAGCAGCUCGCCACAGUAGCCAACGCCCCAACACCACCGAAGAAGAACACAGAAACUCACACAUGCUGUUUACAUUACACAUAUACCAGUACCGCAUGGAAAAGACAGGCAAAGGAGGAAUGUCAGGAGGUCGCAGUCGCCUCCACCUGCUGGACUUGGGCAGUUGUGAUCUCAAAGUACUUGGAGGAGGAGGAGGAGGAGGAGGAGGAGGAGGAGGAGGAGGAGGAGGAGGAGGAGCAGGAGAAAGUGUGAAAAGCAGGGAGAACUCUUUGCCCAGUUCGGCCCCUCUGUGCCUUUCUCUAUCUGCCCUCGGCAACGUGAUCCUGGCCCUGGUCAACGGGAGCAAGCACAUCCCAUACAAGGACAGCAAACUCACCAUGUUGCUAAGGGAGUCGCUAGGCAACAUGAACUGCCGGACCACCAUGAUUGCUCACAUCUCUGCCUCACCCAGAGAUUUCUCAGAAACCCUGUCAACCAUCCAGAUUGCUUCCCGUGUCCUCCGCAUGAAAAAGAAGAAAACUAAAGUCACAGUGCAAUACACCUCCAGCUCCUCUGGAGGAGAGAGCUCCUGCGAGGAGGGUCGCAUGCGUCGUCCGACCCAUCUGAGACCUUUCCAUCACCGAGGUGACACCGACUCUGACCUUCCGUUGCUGCGACUGUCCAGUGACCCUGACGAAUAUUCGAGCAGCGAGCAGUCAUGUGACACGGUGAUCUACGUGGGCCCGAAUGGGGCUGCAGUGUCAGAUAAAGAGCUUACGGACAACGAGGGACCACCAGAAUUUGUACCAAUUAUUCCUGCUUUGCUUCGAGGUAAAACGUCAGAACAGCAUCAAACACAAAGUCAAAGUCAGGCAGCUGGAGCCCAGAACAAGGUGCAGUCUCAGCCAGAAGACCAACCCAGUGUCCUCUCUCAGCCUCUGUCUCAGCCCUCUCAGUCACUGCUUGGGCAGCCGUUGGCCCCUGUCCCAGAGGAAAGAGCCGAGUGCCUGAAAUGCAACACCUUUGCUGAGCUGCAGGAGAGACUGGACUGCAUUGAUGGCAGCGAGGAGGUGGCAAAGUUCCCCUUUGAAGAAGUUCCAGCAAGCAAACAAGGUGCCAAACAAGAGCCAUGUCCAUCUUCAGCUGUCCCAGCCUCAGCUCCUUCUGCUCCUGGCUCUGCUGCUGUGUUGGAUACAGAAAGUAAAACAGGCUCUGCAUGUGCUGUAGGAGGUGCAGUGCAGUUCUCCUCCUCAACAGCAGCAACCUCCAGGAGGAGAACCAAUGACCAGCAGCUACAGGAGAUCAAGGAGGUGGUGGAAGAGGCAGAGCUGGCUCAGACAAUGAUCCACAACCUGGCUCAGAGUUCUGGUUCCCCCAUAGCUACCAGGAGUGUUACAGGAAGCAGCAGCAUCACCUCUAACGCCCUGCACAGGUCUAGGAGCUCCCUGCAUGACGGCCGUGAGAGUCUGAAUGUGGGCAGUAACACUGAGGGAAAGGCCCGCUCUUUAGGAUCACCACGCCUCGGCAUCGCCAGCCUGACCAAAACCUCCGACUACAGGCCUCCGUCCUCCCCCUCCCAGCGGUGUAAAGUGUACACCCAGAAGUGCGUGACGCUGGCAACGCCCCCCAUGUCCUCACACACUCUGGCUCAAGACGGACAGGCCACAGAUGCUUUGACCUCAGACAACAGUUUGGCUGCAGACAGCGGUCGAUCCUCCACAGAUUCCCUGCUGUCCAGGACUCCUCCGGUGGGCAUGAGCCCACAAGUCCGAGAGCCAGCACAGUCUUUGUCUGCCAGCCUGGGAUCAGCAGAGACACUCUGUGACGAUGACGUCCCACCGAUUCCUCUGGACACGCACAGGGAUGCCUCAGGACCAGCAGCUUCUGUCGGAGCAGUUGGACCGAUCUCACUUGGGGAGGAUGAACCGGUGUACACUGUAGCUUCUGGAGGGGAGGACGCCCUUGAUGUUACAGCUCUUAUGGAGAGUCAGGGCCUCACCUGUCGUCCAACGAGCAUCAUCAGCUUCAAAAGUCAUUGUUGCUCCGUCACUGCCCUUGCUUCAGGCUCUCAAGCAUCCUGCUUCAUUAGUACUGUCGAGGAUGGAGCUGUGGAGGAUUAUCACAUGCCUGCAGGUCCUGCAACAACCUCAGGCGUUACAGAUGUUGCUGCCAUGGCAGAGGUGGCCAUGGCCAAGCUGCGGAUAGAAGGUGAAGCCUUUUCCACAGUGAUGUCUAACUGUGGUUCACCCAUCUCCUCCUGGAUGAGUGAUCUGAGCAUGGGCAGUGAAGCUGACCAGUCUCUCCACAGCUUCAGUCAGUCCCAGAGCCAGCAAGGGGAGGCCCUGGCUGAACCUGAACCCAACCAGAGCCUUUCGUUCGGAUUGGAGGGUCUGGGUGCUUAUGAGAAUGGUGGCAGCCCGAGAAGGGGGAGUCUAGAAGAAGAGGUGGUGCUGUCAGAAAAUGGGGGUAAUAAGGCUACUGCAACCAAAGACAGGCUGAGGAAACUGCCUCCAUCCAUGGCUAAAACUAACAUCCAAAUUCUGACAAGACCUGGUAACCUCUCUCCCUUCAAGACCACCAUCAGUGUCAAACCCAUGGUUAUACAGGAACCAACCAUCCUCUCUUCACCUACCAAGACCAGCUUAAUGAAAGACCCAGGCAAAUAUAAUGCACCGCUUUUAGCUUCUAUUUCCAGUGAGAUGAGUUUUGAAGACCCAUGGUUGAAGCGUGUUGUGGAGGAGGGGAGGUCCAGGGAGCUUGUGUGUGAAGUGAAGCCAGAGAAGAGGGACGUAGAGCAUUCAAAAAGUCCGGCGGGAGCUGCGACCGGAGACCAUCGGAGCUUCUGCAGGGAUUGUGGGGAUCAUGGCAGCUCUAGUUCAGGUGGUGAGAUUGUGUCGUCUCCAGAUUCCUUUAAGAGAGUGGUGGAUGGCUGUGAGAUGGUGGCCAUUGUUGCCCAGGGAGAAUGUCUGACGAGUAUCUACAGCCCAGAUAUCCACCGUACUGCCAGUCUUCCCCGCGGAUGGCACCGUCUCAACCGCCACGACGGCUUGGACAAUGGAAACGAGUACCGUAAUCUCGGUGUCACCACUUCAACUCCCUGCAGUCCUCGAGCCACACUUGACCGCCGAGGAUCAACUGUAAAACUAGGCUUUUUCUCCCACAAGAAGGGGGGAAUCCCACCUCUGCCACCAAUACGGAAGUCCAGCCUUGACCAGCGGAACAGGGCAGCCAGCCUUCUCCACCAACCCAGCCACGGAGUGUCAUUGCCGGGCAUCUCGGCAGAUGAUGCAGGGAUCACCAGACAACGAGGCUCGAGCAUAGACAGCAGCAGGCUCUUCAGCGCCAAGUUGGAACAGCUUGCAAACAGGACCAAUUCUCUGGGUCGGGUCCACAGCUCCCACAGUGGUUCCCACCACUACGACUGCUUCUCUCUGGAGAGAGGGGGGAGCCUGAGAGGGGGAGGAGGAGAAGUGAGGGGGGAUAGCACCAUGCCUCGCACUGGGCGCAGCCUCACCCGUGCUGGAUCAGUAUCUUCUCCAACUGGAAACAUCAGCAGCCCCAGUGUCAGUGCCAGUCCCGGUCCAAGCAGCGCUCCACAGUCACCUGCCAAAACCAGCACCCAGUCAAAGAUCUCAGCAGUCAGUAAGCUGCUGAUGACCAGCAGUCCCAAGGCCAGGAGUCUGUCUGCAUCCAGCACUAAGACUCUGAGCUUCUCCACCAAGUCUUUGAGCCAAGCUUCCAGCCGCAGCUCCAGCCUUCCUCCUAAUGGAAAGCCCCAGAGCUCAGUCCAGGGCGCUCUGCAGCAGCAGGGACCUUCCCCUGGAUCCUGGUCUACCCAGUCUUUGAGCCGCAGUCGAGGGGGAAGCCUGGCUGCCAAGCUGCCUCUCCGGGCUGUCAACGGUCGAAUCUCAGAGCUCCUCCAGGGAAGUGCAGGCUCCCGUUCCAGGAGUCAUGCCCAGGGAGGUGGCACAGAUCCAGCAGAGGACAGAGGAGUUGGAGGGGCAAGUGGAGGAGGAACUGGAGCAGGAAGUAGUGGUGGUAGUGGUGGUGGUAGUGGAGGUGGUAGUGGAGGUGGUAGUGGAGGUGGUAGUGGAGGUGGUCCGGGUGAGGAGAGGACAGCAGUGGUCCAAACGCUGCCCUCACCCUACAGCAAGAUCACAGCUCCCAGAAAACCACACCGCUGCAGCAGCGGCCAUGCUAGUGACAACAGCAGCGUACUGAGUGGCGAGCUCCCCCCAGCCAUGGGGAAAACAGCCCUGUUUUACCACAGUGGAGGCAGCAGUGGCUAUGAGAGCAUGCUGAGAGACAGCAGCGAGAACACAGGAAGUACCUCCUCCGCCCAGGACUCCCUCAGUGAGCACAGCUCAGCCACCACCUCCUCUAGACGGAGCUCCAAGAGCAGCAAGAAGAGCCGGAGCAACACAGGCCUGCAGCGUCGUCGUCUGAUCCCAGCACUGACCUUGGACUCUUCCUCCUCCUCACCUUCUCACCGCUCCUCCAAACAGGCCAUCACCUCCUCUUCCUCCUCCUCCUCCAGCCCAGGUGCAUGCUGGGUAGAUGGUCCACUGGGGCCCCCAACUCCCUCAAACCUCCGUGGCGCGACUGCAACGGCAGAAACCUUUGAGAUCAAGGUGUAUGAGAUAGAUGAUGUCGAGCGACUGCAGAAGAGGAGAGACAAAGGAGGGGGCAAGGAGGUGGUGUAUGUCAGUGCCAAGCUCCGUCUGUUGGAACACCGUCAGCAGAGAAUCAGUGAAGUCAGAGCCAAGUACCAGUGUCUGAAGAAGGAGCUGGAACAAACCAAACAGCACCUGAUGCUGGAGCCGCACAAAUGGACGACCGAGUUUGAGCUACAACAGGCCUACGAAGUAGACUCACUGGAGUAUUUGGAGGCUCUGGAGACAGUGACAGACAAACUGGAGAACCGAGUCAACUUCUGCAAAGCCCACCUCAUGAUGAUCACCUGCUUCGACGUGUCCUCGAGACAUCGGUAGACAGAUGGAGAGCUGGAGGACGGAGAGGCCGACACACAGCUGGACUCAAUUAGAUGACGCCCUUUGGACCAUAUGCCCACCGAUUAAUCAAACACUUUUACAAAAUAUCUCCCACACAGAUACAUCUCAUCAGAUGACUGGAUAAUUGCAAGGAGGGAUACAGGGAUGACUGACCACUCGAUCCUGCAUGUCAUCCUCAAGUCUCCUCCAGAUGAAAGUAGGCAGAAGGACAGGUGGACGAAAAGCUGGAGGGAUAAAAUAGAGAAUAGAGAUAGAUAUUUAACAGGCCAACAGACAGAUGAGUCCUUAUUUUUUUCUCGGGGCUUGGAAACAACCUCAGACACAGAUAUUGAACAGCAUCUAAUGAACGGGCCACUUUGAAUCAGAUGAAUAUGGCUGCUCAAAGAGGCAGACAGAUGAUUCUGAGAAGAAACAUCAAACAUAACCAAGAGAAUGUGGGUUUCUAGAGAUUCAGAAUAAUUACACUGUUCAGACAUUUAGGAAUGUUGAGAGGAAAGGAGCGGAAAGUCGAACAAAAACUGACCAUUUUUUAAACAAAGAAGGAUAAAGAAGAGGUGCAGGAGAGGAGAUGAACAAUUUCUCAUCUCACAUCAUUUUAGAAGAGCACUUUUUAGAGUUCAAACACAGAGUGCUGACUACAGAAUGGCCUGGUAUUGUUGUGCAGUUAUUAAAAGAGACUGACCAAGAGAAAGGCAGGAGGACAAAAGAAAAAUGAUUUAGAUAAGUGCCUUGCGAACAUUUCAACAAUACCAAGACCAAUUCUCUUUCUCUCUGAAUUUGUGUACAUGCAGUGAGUAUGGUGCUAGCAUAGAAAAACCCCACAAAAGAUCAGCGUCCUUGGGAAAUCUUUCAAUUUAUAGCCAUGAUGUUUUACUGUCGGUCAAUGUUUCACUAUAUCAUAAACAAACUAAUACUGUAUGUUUGAAUGGUCUUUGGUACAAUGAUGAGAGAUGAGACUAGAUUUAAACUAAAUAAAAAGAGUUAAAGAAGACCUACAAAACAUAGAACAAGUCCUCGGUGAGGACCAAAUAUCCAAUUUGAAAAACGUACAUGAUUUUUCAAGAACACAAGAGUAACGUGUGUUCAAACAAAGAAAAAAAACGCCAUUUUUUGUGGCGAUGUUUACGACUUUACCUACAAACAGAGCACCUGAAUCUGAGCAUCUGAAUUCUGACCCUCUGGGGCAUACAUACAGCAUGUUUCUCCUGAUGCAGAUGCGAUGGCUUGUUCAUGUUCACAAAGCAAUGAAACGUCUGAGUCACAUAGGAGUGGAGAUGAAAACGUGUUUUCUCCGAUCCAUCGAUUGACUUGACAGCCAGACUGUCUGUUAUUUGUAUCCGUGUUGUUCUGCUUUAUUCUAAAAGAAACUGAAUGAUUUGUCAAUGUGUGUGUUUUAUAUUAAGGUAUCCUUUUUUAUUUGAGUGCAAUGGGACCAUGUAGAGACUAUGUAUGAUAGUAAGAGAAUGGAAGUAGGGUUAAAGAGAUGUUUCAGAGUAAAUUGUAAGGAACACACAAUACACAAGCGCGAGACAAGCCCAUUGAUAUAGAGUGUUAAAUGUCCUUUUUUAAAGGCCUGUGUUAUUGGAACAAAGUAGUGAAUUUAGACUGGAAAUACUUACAUGGGACUACAAUUAUAGUUAUUUUAUUAAAAGGACACAUACAUGAUAAAGCAACAAUUAAAAAAAAGAUAUAUAAAGGAAUGAAAGAGAACUAAAGAAAGAAAAGGAUAAUGGCCAAAUUAAGAGGCAUAGAUCUCUGCCUGGUUCCAUUUUUGUUUUGGACGGAUAGCAACUCUUAAGAUUUGUUAAUAUUAUCAUCUAUGGUGCUUGAGAUGUUUAUGAUCUAAAUGUUUGUACAAAUAUAAAUAUAUGAAAGAGCCCGUUUCCUUGAAAUACAGAACAAU